AUUUCAGAAAAUCCCUAAAUUCACUGAACCCUCCCCAUAUUUUCUGAUUCACUUCUCUGAUCCUCUACAGGUCCUUAUUAAUAACCCCAAAGAUUUAUCCUUUUAAUUAUGAUUUCUUGUUUUCUUUUAUAGCUACCUUCCUCUUUCCAAAAGAUUGAAGAUCAAAGCAAACCCAUAGUUUUCCUUUGUUUUGGCGAAAAAGAAAUCUUCUUCUUGCACAAGGGGUUUUGGCCCUAACGGAUUAAAGAGCUUUGGUCCGUAACCGAAAACACAUCACAGUUCAGAUCCGAAAAAAUCUUCUUCUUUUUGACUCGUCAAGGAACUUUGCGUUCUUGGUUUUUGGAUCUUGUGCCAUCGUAAUUUGUCUCGGAUUCGUCACCAGCUGCAUUGGGUUAACAAGAGACUUAAACAAAAGGCUCCGUUGGCAUUUAAGUUAGAGAAAGCUCAGAUCUUUGUAAAUUUUCUCACCGAGCUUCUAAAUCCGAAUCAGACCCAGAAAACUUCACUAGAUGAUUCGCGAAAUCCCAAGCUUACAAAACGACAUCAUAAACAUCCAAGACCGUUAUUCAAACAACCUAGUCAUGGACGUCGGAAGAAACAACCGGAAAAACGUCAACUUUCGCCGUCCGACGACAACGGCGACGGAGAGUAACAAGCAAGAAUUACGACGGACCUUCUCGUCGCAGAAAAGGCUGAUGAUUCCGGCGAAUUACUUCAGUUUAGAGUCUCUGGUUCUACUGGUGGGUCUAACGGCGUCUCUGUUAAUCCUGCCGUUAGUUCUGCCGCCGUUACCUCCGCCUCCGUUUAUGCUGCUUUUGAUUCCGAUUGGGAUUAUGGUUUUACUCGUGGUUCUUGCCUUCAUGCCUUCUUCUUCUUCUUCUAAGUCCAAAGAUGUAACUUGCACUUUUAUGUAAAUCUGUUAUUAUUGUAUUUUAUUAAAUCUUAGGCUUCUUAAACCAAAAAUUAGCUUUCCC